UGGUUCUGCGGGAAACGUGGCACUGAACAGAGCGCUGUUGGCAUGUUUAACAAACCCGCUUGAUCGGUCAACUAGUCGGCUGUUCUAUUUACCUCAUGUAAGGUUCUUCAACAUCUUGCAGAAUGAAGACUCAAAUAUUUUACUUGGCCAUUGCCACGUUAUUGGUGACAAUUUGUGCAGAAGAAGAGCCUGAAGCUGCCAAACUUUUAGUUUCAAAGCACAUCCUCAACAAAUACCUCGUAGAAAAUAUGGAUAUUAUUGUUAAGUAUACUGUGUACAACGUUGGUAACGUAGCAGCUUUGGAGGUAGAAAUUACAGACAAUUCAUUCCACCCUGAUCAUUUUGCUCAUGUCAGUGGUGAACUAAAUGCACGAAUUGAUCGUGUACCUCCUAAUAGCAAUGUUAGCCAUACAGUUGUCGUAAGACCUAGAAAAUUCGGAUAUUUCAACUUUACAUCUGCUGAAAUUUUGUACCGAAGAACUGAAGAUGCUCCAAGGCUCCAAGUUGCUGUGAGCAGUGCUCCUGGAGAAGGCCUUAUUGUUUCAUAUAGAGAUUAUGCCAAGAAAUUCUCAUCUCAUGUCGUGGACUGGUUAGCUUUUGCAGUAAUGACUUUACCUCCUUUGGCAAUUCCUUUUGCACUAUGGUACUCAAGCAAAAGUAAAUACGAAAAAUUAUCGAAGACUUCAAAGAAACAUUAAAUUGAUAGUAGAAUAAUUACCACAAAUUAUAAAUAAUACAGCAGUUGAUGAUAAUGUUUGUCAUAAAAAUCUAAACGAUCAUCUUUUUUAACUGGCAUGAUUGUGAUAUGCGUGACUGUAUGCUUGAUUCUUUUUUUAAAAAAAUAAAAAUUUAUUUAUAACAAA